AUGAUGGCGGAGCAGGUGAAAUGCGCCUCGGCGGGGGGCGGCUCCGGAGCGGGCUCCGGGCCGGUGGUGAACGCGGAGCUGGAGGUGAAGAAGCUGCAGGAGCUGGUGCGCAAGCUGGAGAAGCAGAACGAGCAGCUGCGGAGCCGGGCGGCCAGCGCGGCUGCCGCACCGCACCUGCUGCUGCUGCCGCCGCCGCCCCCCGCCGCGCCGCCCCCCGCCGGGGCCUGCAGUCCGUUGGCUCCGCGAAGCCCCCCGGCCGCCGCUGCCGCCGCCUCGGGGGGACUGGGGCUGGGGUUGGCGUUGGGCGCUGGGGGCGGAGGCGGGGGCGGUAGCGGCGGCUCUAGCCCCGCGUUCCCGGGGACCUACUGCCUGCCCGGCCCGGCGCCCUCCCUGCUCUGCAGCCUGGCGCAGCCCCCCGAGGCGCCCUUCGUCUACUUCAAGCCGGCGGCGGGCUUCUUCGGCGCAGGCGGCUGCGGCCCGGAACCGGGGGGCGCGGGGACACCUCCCGGGGCCGCCGCCGCGCCGCCCUCGCCGCCCCCCACGCUGCUGGACGAGGUGGAGCCUCUGGACCUGGAGAGCGUGGCCGCCUGGCGGGACGAGGACGACUGCACCUGGUUAUACGUUGGCUCUUCAAAGACAUUCCCGUCAUCAGAGAAAUCCCUGAGCCCUUUGCAGUGGUGUAGACAUGUCCUAGAUAAUCCGACUCCGGAGAUGGAAGCAGCAAGGCGUUCCCUGUGCUUUAGACUGGAGCAAGCUAGCCGAUGGCGGAGUCUCUUCCCUUCAAAUGUCUCACUGGCUUUUCCUUAUAGCCCUGUGGCAAGACUCAGCCCUUAUAGCAAUGGCAUUAAUACUCCCAGCUUCUCUAAAACCUCAAAUAAAGCAAUACUAACACCUGAAAGAACAGGUUAUACAUCCAGGGGCUCCCCUCUCAGUCCCCAGUCAUCCAUAGACAGUGAGCUGAGUACUUCAGAACUGGAGGAUGAUUCUAUCUCCAUGGGAUAUAAGUUACAGGACCUCACUGAUGUUCAGAUCAUGGCUCGUCUGCAAGAAGAAAGUCUCAGGCAAGAUUAUGCUUCUACUUCAGCAUCUGUGUCGAGACCUAGUUCCAGUGUGUCCCUGAAUUCAGGAAAAAAAGGGACAUGCAGUGAUCAAGAAUACGAUCGAUUCAGUCUGGAGGACGAGGAGGAAUUUGAUCACCUGCCACCACCUCAGCCUCGUCUUCCGAGAUGCUCACCUUUCCAAAGAGGAAUUCCCCAUUCACAGACUUUCUCCAGCAUUCGGGAGUGUAGGAGGAGCCCCGGGUCCCAGUAUUUUCCUUCGAAUAAUUACCAGCAGCAACAGUAUUAUUCACCUCAAGCCCAAACUCCAGAUCAGCAACCAAACAGGACCAGUGGAGAUAAGCUCCGAAGAAGUAUGCCUAAUCUAGCUCGGAUGCCAAGUACAACCGCUGUUAGUAGCAAUGGCAGUUCUCCAGUCACCGUGCGGAAUAGUCAGAGUUUUGACUCAAGCUUGCAUGGAGCUGCAAAUGGAAUUUCAAGAAUACAGUCUUGUAUUCCGUCACCAGGGCAGCUUCAACACAGAAUCCACAGCGUGGGACAUUUCCCAGUGUCUGUCCGGCAGCCUCUUAAAGCCACAGCCUACGUGAGUCCAACCGUUCAAGGCAGCAGUAACAUGCCUUUAUCCAACGGCUUACAGUUAUACUCCAACACGGGGAUCCCUGCCCCCAACAAAGCUGCAGCUUCUGGGAUAAUGGGCCGCAGCGCACUCCCAAGACCUUCAUUGGCAAUAAAUGGGAGUAACCUGCCUCGAAGCAAAAUUGCACAGCCUGUCAGAAGUUUCCUUCAGCCUCCAAAGCCUCUGUCUUCACUCAGCACUCUGAGGGAUGGAAACUGGAGAGAUGGUUGCUACUGAUGCAGUUCUAUGUACGUUUGAACAGCUGGAAAGAAGUGGAAAAUGAGGGUCGUGUUACCUAGCUGGCUGGGUAACAGCGGAUGUCGGGAUAUUCUUUCCCUUCUGCGUUUUAACAUAUUCGCUGCAUUGUUUUUCAAUGGACCAAUCACCAGAGACUAAUUAUUGCACUUAAAUAUUUGCCUGAGAUACUGCAGCGUUCACAAAUCCGUGGUUGCAGUAUUGUGACACUUAGAGCUAGGAAGUUUUUGUAGAACUGAUAUGUACCUGAAUCCUUUUUGAGAGAAUUGAGAUGUAUCCAUAAUGCUUUCUUUGCCAUCUGAGUUUCUUAAAGUAACUUGUUCAAUUUACUUACUUACAUGUUCUAAACAUCUUCCCAUUACAUGUUCUGUAUUUUAAUACACUGCAUCUUUACAGCCAGGUUCUAUAAUGUAUGCUUUGAAAUUUACUUUUUUAUAGUUUACAGGAAUUUUAUUUUUUGUGCCUAUUUCUUUUUACACCUACGUGAACCACUGUGGAACAACUUAAAUUUUGUGCCAUAAAAAUAUUUUUGUGGUAAGGUACUAUUUUUUUAGCUCUAGGGAUAUAUCGGCAAAAAUCCAUCAUGACAAUUUGAGAGACAUAAUUUUAUGUUGAAUGAGCACAAUGUAAUCUGAAGCAUUGAGCACUGAGACAGCCAGACAACAGAGUGAAAUGGUCUUGUCAUUUUCAUUGUUAAUUUAUUGUCAUACGUGGGUUUCAUAUUUAUAAUGGCAUCACAAGCUCAUUGCACUUAAUACCUGCAAUGUUUGCUACUGUACUACAAUUGAUUUUCAAUACUUUUACAGAAGAUGAAACUGUAACAUUUUAUUAAUAAUGCUUCUGGAAAUGAACGCAUUUUAAAGCAAAUAAAUCUUUUUGAUAGACCUUUUACAAAA